CAUCCUGGAUGUGCAGCACGUAAACUGGUCCGAUCAGAUGCAAAUCAGAGGCACCGCUUCCUCUUCUCUCUCUUCAUAACUGAAGUAUUUUCACCGGUUGUUCCUCGUUUACUUUUCAUCUGACAAAAUGCCUCUAAAGUUCGAGUUGUGUCCCGGUAGAAUGAUCGGAGGAAAUCACCCGUGCUUCAUCAUAGCUGAAAUUGGACAAAAUCACCAGGGAGACAUUGAGAUUGCCAAGAAAAUGAUCAAAAUGGCAAAGGACUGCGGUGCUGAUUGUGCCAAAUUCCAGAAGAGUGAAUUGGAGCAUAAAUUCAACAAGCGAGCCUUGGCGCGCCCGUACACCUCUGUUCACUCCUGGGGGAAAACUUACGGUGAUCACAAGCACCAUCUGGAGUUCAGCCACGAGCAGUACAGGGAACUGCAGAAAUAUGCUGAGGAGGUGGGGAUCUUCUUCACGGCCUCGGGGAUGGAUGAGAUGGCAGUGGAGUUCCUCCAUGAGCUUAAUGUGCCUUUCUUCAAAGUGGGCUCAGGAGACACCAACAACUUCCCCUAUCUGGAAAAGACUGCCAAGAAAGGACGGCCCAUGGUGGUGUCCAGUGGUAUGCAGAGCAUGGAGACGAUGCGUCAGGUCUACAAAACAGUGAAGGAGCACAACCAAAACUUUACCAUCCUGCAGUGCACCAGCGCCUACCCUCUGGAACCUGAAGAUGUCAACCUCAGAGUGCUAACGGAGUACCAGAAGGAAUUUCCCGAUAUUCCCAUUGGGUAUUCCGGCCAUGAGUCUGGGAUCAGUAUUUCAGUCGCGGCCGUAGCUCUGGGUGCAAAGGUCAUCGAGCGCCACGUAACCUUGGACAAGACUUGGAAAGGAAGUGACCACUCAGCCUCUCUGGUGCCCAGCGAGCUAGCCGAGCUGGUCCGUUCCAUUCGACUGGUGGAGAGGUCGUUUGGGACCGGCGUCAAGCAGAUGUUACCUUGUGAGAAGGCGUGCCAUGAUAAGCUGGGUAAGUCCUUGGUGGCCAAGAUCAAGAUCCCCAAAGGAACUGUCCUGACUCAGGACAUGUUGUCGGUGAAGGUCGCAGAGCCAAUGGGCAUAGCUCCCGAGGACAUCUUCCAGCUGGUCGGUAAGACCGUGAAGGAGGACCUGGAGGAGGACGACAGCAUCUUGCCGGAGGUGGUGGAUGACUACUGCAAGAAGAGGAAGUGCUGAGGAUGGCAGGCAGUUUAUAAAUGGGUAGAAAAGGCACUUAAUUUGAGAGGAAAUGUUAUUGAUUCCUCUGGGGAAAAUGGUAAUUUUGUUUGGUGGUGCAGGAAUUUCAUCGAGGUCCUGGGCGACCAGUAACUGAUAGUUUCAAUGUAUCACAGCUGGGGUUCAAACAAUUAACUCCUUUUUCUCAUAUUACUCUUUGCCAAAGUGUUUUUAUUGUCCAGAAAAGAGCCUCUUUAAAAAGGCUAGUAGUUUCAGUCCUGCUGUCAAUACUAGUGCAGUGCUUUCUGAGGUGGCACAAAAGCCAGUUGUUACUGUUAACUAAACAUACUUUGCACUGUAGAGGUUAAAGGAACGUUAAACACAUGAAGCUGCUACUGGUCAGCUCAUCACACAUCAGUGAGGAAAUCACAGAGCCCCUUUGCCAAACAGUCAUUGUUUUCUUCUUGUACCUGAUCAUUAAUGUAAGGUCAUGAUAUCAGGCAGGGUUUGUUUUUGUGCUGCUUCUUUGAGAGAAGCACAGUAAGACUGGAGCCAGACGCUUCCCAAAACACAAAGAAGAAAUGCCCCCCCUCGCAAAAUGAAACUUGUUUUGGUCAUGAAACGAAAUCCGGCCGGAUGUUAACUGAACAUGUACAAAUCCUGUGGAGACUCAGUUGAGAUCUGAUGUUCUGAAAAGAUCCAAAUAAAUUGCUACCCAAAU